GGGAAAAAGAGAGGGAGAAUGAGGAGCAAGUGUGUUGCUUUCACCUCCUAAUCAGUUCUUCCGAGGGGAUCUAUCAGGGAGCACUGGAGGAGACUCAGAAGCAGGAAAAAGGAAACAACUCGUCUUCCAUCAUACAUACAGAAAUGGACACCCCUCUCUCCACCCCGUGCAACAUCCAAAUAUGCGAGGUGACGUGCGAUUCGUUCCGCAUCAUGUGGGACAUGACCUCCGAGGACACGAGCAGAGCCACGCACUUCUUCAUUGACCUGAGUCGCAAGGAGUGCGGGGACCCUAACCGCUUUAAACACCGGGAUGUUCCGACCAAACUGGUGGCGAAGGCCGUGCCCCUCCCCAUGGCGGUGAGGGGACACUGGUUUCUGAGCCCCCGCACAGAGUACUGUGUCGCUGUGCAGACGGCGGUUCGACAGUCUGACGGCGACUACCUUGUGUCGGAGUGGAGCCAAGUGGUGGAGUUCUGCACAGGAGACUACGCCGUAGAACACCUCCAGCAGCUUCUCGACAAGGCCAAAGGCUCCGCGGGAAGGCUAUUGAAAUUCUCCGUGUUUUAUCGCAACCAGCAUUCAGAUUACUUUGACUGCGUCAGAAAGGAGUGUGGGGGUUCCAUGCGACCAGCCCUUAAAGACACCAGUGGGAGUCAUGGUUCUCCGAUCAAUGGCAAGCUACAAGGAGUCUUCUUUAGCUGCAAUACUGAGUUUGACACCGGCCUCCCCCCCAAGGACUCCCCGUACGGCCCUCUGCGCUUCCAGAUCCCGGCCGGACACCUGCUCAACCCCAACAUCUCCUUGUAUUUUGCAGACUUCUACUGCAUGUAUACAGCCUACCACUACGUGGUUGUGGUGCUGGCCCCAGUGGGCUCAGAGGGAGACCACUUCUGCAGAAGCCGUCUCCCCUUGCUGGACUUGGCCAGCAACCCCUUCUUGACGUACAGCGCUCCCCAGAGGCCGGGGGAGGAGCCGCUCUACUGCCACGCCAGUGAUGUCAUCCUGGAGGUGCUUUUUACCGAGCCGGUCAGUUUGGAUGAGGGUACGGUGGAGCAAAUCAGCGGACACCAUCAGCUCAUGAGUUUGACCACGGCCAACGCCAAGAAAGACCCGAGCUGUAAAGUGUGCAACAUCAGCGUCGGCCGUUAGACAAGAUCCAGUGCUGAGAGACAUCAUUAUGUGUAGGCCAAAACCCAGAGGAGAAACACCCACCACCUCAAGGGCGAGUGUGCAUGAUGCUUUCCUUUCCCCUCCCUCCCAGGCUAGAAUAGAAUCCAAUACAAUUAUAUCUCACAUACACUAUAUUGCCAAAAGUAUUUAGCCACCUGCCUUGGCUCACAUAUGAACUUGAAGUGCCAUCCCAUUCCUAACCCAUAAGGUUCAAUAUGAUGUCGGUCCACCUUUUGCAACUAUUACAGCUUCAACUCUUCUGGGAGGGUGAGGUCACACACUGAUGUUGGUCGAGAAAGCCUGGCUCUCAGUCUCUGUUCUAAUUCAUCCCAAAGGUGUUCUAUCGGGUUCAGGCCAGUCAAGUUCAUCCACACCGGACUGUGUCAUCCAUGUCUUUAUGGACCUUGCUUUGUGCACUGGUGCACAGCAUACUUGCCAACCCUCCCGAUUUUUCCGGGAGACUCCCGAAUUUCAGUGCCCCUCCCGAAAAUCUCCUGGGGCAACCAUUCUCCCGAUUUUCACCCGGACAACAAUAUUAAGGGCGUGCCGUGAUGGCUCUGCCUUUAACGUCCUCUACAACCUGUCGACGCGUCCACUUUUUCACCAUACAAACAGCGUGUCACAUGAUGUAUGCGGCUUCUGCAUACACACGAAAGUGACUGCAAGACAUACUUGAUCAACAGCCAUACAGGUCACACUGAGGGUGGCCGUAUAAACAACUUUAACACUGUUACUAAUAUGCGCCACACUGUGAACCCACACCAAACAAGAAUGACAAACACAUUUCGGGAGAACAUCCGCACCGUAACACAACAUAAACACAACAGAACAAAUACACAGAAUCUCUUCCGGGCUACAAUAUACCCCCCCGAAUCUCCCGAAUUCGAAGGUCUCAAGGUUGGCAAGUAUGGUGCACAGUCAUGUUGGAAGAGGAAGGGGCCCGCUCCAAAUUGUUCCCACAAGGUUGGGAGCAUGGAAUUAGCCAAAAUAUUUUGGUAUCCUGGAGCAUUCAAAGUUCCUUUCACUGGAACUAGGGUGCCAAGACCAACUCCUGGAAAAACAACCCCACACCAUAAUUCCGCCUCCACCAAAUUUCACACUCGGCACAAUGCAGUCCGAAAUGUACGGUUCUCCUGGCAACUUCCAAACCCAGACUCAUCCAUCAGAUUGCCAGAUGGAAAAGCGUGAUUCAUCACUCCAGAGAAUGUGUUUCCAAAGCUCUAGAGUCCAGAUUUUAUACACCUGUGGCCGGGCCAAGUGAUUAGGACACCUGAUUCUGAUCAUUUGGAUGGGUGGCCAAAUACGUUUGGCAAUAUAGUGUACCUCCAUCGUGGGCAGCUACAACACUAUACAUUCUAUUUACACACACAGCUGUUAAAAACACUAAAGAAUGCUAUUAUAUAUUUUUUUAGUUAGUGACUACUGUGGAGGUACCAAACUGUAUGAACUGGACACAACAUUUUUGGCAGCUUAAAGGAAAACUGCACUUUUUGGGGGGAAUCAUCCACAAUCCCACGUCGUUCCCGUACCUGUGCGUUAUGAAUAGUGAAAAACUGCUUGUACAAGGCAGCUAACAAUGCAGGUAGUGGGGAUACGAUCUACUAAAAUACCAUCCAAAAACCACCAGUUACAGUCAAAUAUGUGGGCAUGUCUGUUUGCAUAUUUUCUAAAUAUUUAGCUUUACACUUGGUGAGACUUUUAGAUUUAACA